AUGGGAGCUAUUACCAUUUGGCUCGAUGAAUUAUACAAACUUGGUAGUAGUGAUAAAAAUGAUAGAGUUACAACUCAUCUAUCUUUAUGCAAAUUUGAUCCAUAUUUAAUAACUAUUCGAGAUUUGCAGAAAUGCAAUGAUUAUAUAAGUAAUUUACAAGAAGACAAGGAUACAGUCCUGCUAAUAAUUUCAAGUGAUACAUCAUCUCUAUCGGCUGUUAUUAGUAAACUUCUAAAACUUCCACAAAUAGAAUCAAUUUACAUUUUAUGUUCAAAUGAAUUCAAUACUGCUGAACUUUUCGAAAUCUCUUCCAAAGUCGUCGGAGUAUACACGCAUGUAGAAGUACUAUAUCAUCAGCUACGGCAAUUGCCAAAUAGCCGACGUCUUCGUAGACAAGGAUUUAACCGUAUGGAUUUUAAUCUCAAGUCGUUGCCGCCUCAUAAUGUUAAUCCAUCUAUUCACACUACUACAACCAUGAGGACUGAGCCACCGUCAUCGCUCACUAGAGACACGGCUAAUACGAAACGUCAAGAAGCAGAAUUUAUGUAUGCACAGUUUCUAAGAGACAUUUUAAUUGAACUGGAUUCGACACAAGAAGAAAUGGUUAAAUUUUGUCGUCAAAAAUGUGAAGGAAUUGAAACUCAGUUAGACUAUAUUAACGAUUUUGACGAUUAUUAUGCUACGUGUAACGCUAUUUACUGGUAUACGAAAGAUUCAUUUCUUUACCGUCUACUAAACAAAGCACUGAGAGACCUAGAUAUCGAUACUCUUUAUUUACUGCGAUACUUUAUUAAAGAUCUACAUUUACAACUGAAACAACGACAUGCUUCCCAACAGCAGACAGCUAAAUUAACGAUAAAAACAGUUUACCGAGGACAGCUAAUGAAUAAUGAUGAAUUUGAUAGGAAAAUUCGAAAUAAUCUUGGAGGAUUCUUCUCAGUGAGUAGUUUUUUCUCAACAACAUUACAUCAAAAUGUAGCAAGUGUCUAUGCUGGUGAUGUUAGUCGUAACAAAACAUCGAGAGAACAAAGUAUUCUCUUCUAUAUACACAUUGAUACAACUAUAAAUAAAUUUCCAUACGCCAAUAUUUCGGAAGAAAGCGCGUUUGAAGGAGACGAGGAUGAAAUUUUAUUUACAAUGGGAGCCGUAUUUCGAAUUGUAUCGGUUGAUUUGGAUAUUGAACAAGGCUUCUAUAUAGUUCAUUUGAAGCUAACAGGAGAAGAAGACGAAGAACUAAAACAGUUAACUCAGUAUUUGAGAAAAGACGUUAUAGAUGAAAAUGCAGGAGCAAGCUUCGCACAGUUAAUGGUAAAAAUGGGCCACUAUCGCGUUGCUGAAUCCGCCUACCUUUCAUUAUUUGAAAAUGAUAUUUAUGUGGGUCAUCCUGACAGUCAUUCUUUCUUUCUUAAUCAGCUUGGAUUUAUCUAUGAGGAAACUGGUCAACCAGAGAAAGCGAGAGAAUAUCACAACAAAUCUCUUGAAAUCCGUCUCAUGCAGUCACUAAACGAAGAUCGAUCGCUUUCGACUAUAUACAAUAAUCUAGGAGAAAAUAGCCGAGAAAUAGGUAACUAUGAGCAAGCAUUAUUCUAUUACAAUAAAGCCUUAGAAACUGAACAGCCACUAUCUGAGCCGGACCAGCACCUUCUCGCACUGUAUCACAAUAACAUUGGAUUGGUCUACGAUGCGCAGCAACGUUACUCGGAUGCAUUAGAAAUGUAUAGCACAAGUAUCAGCAUCAAAUUGAAGACACUUCCACUAUUACAUUCAUCCUUCGCUCUAACUUAUAAUAAUAUGGGAGCAGCCUACUAUGAUCUCUGUGACUACGUUAAGGCAACAGAAUACUUUCGGAAAACACUUCAAAUUCGUUUAAACUCUCUUCAACCAGAUCACCACCAGCUAGCUUUAGCUUAUUACAGUUUGGCUCAAUCAUUAUAUAAACAAGGGACACUUCAAGAAGCAUUAGAUAAUAUGAAGAAAGCCUAUGCAAUUCGCUGUAAAAGAUUGUCAGCUGAUGAUCCACAACUCAUAGAAGAUCAACGAUGGAUUUUACAUGUAGAGAAGGAAAUAGUUGAUGCUAGAGCUCGAUAA